AUGGUGUACAUCUCGUCCUGGCAGGAGUAUCAAGAGGCGGCGGAGGCACUCUAUGAAAAAUCCCCAAACACAACACGCUAUUGCGUGAAAUGGAGAGCGAAUAAGGGAAAGUUAGUCCUAAAGAUCACGGACAACACGACAUGCCUUAAAUUCAAGACUUAUUCCUCCAUGUUCCUCAACCGAUUCGAGGCUUUGAAUCUCUCCUUGAUGCAGAAGAUGCAGAAUCGACGACCCGCACAGCCUUCUACGGAGGCAUCGCAAGCUGAUGCUUCCGAUGCUGUGACGAAAGAGGUCACAUCUCCCACCAUCGUUCCCGGUACAGCAGGGGUAGCAGGCGGCGGGGUGAAGAAGAAGAAGCCAAAGAAAAAGAAGUAG